AUGAAUUAUUGAUUGAUAAACGCUAGAAAUUGUUUUCUAGAAGCAUAUGAAAUUAAAUAAUAAAAAUGAUAAUAGUUUCUUGAAUAAUAAAAAGUGCGGGAAAUACGAAAUGCGGUGUGUACGAAUUUACCCGGAAAUAAGAGUUUCCACGGAAACAACCGAAACGACUUUUUUAUUCUAACCUGUAAUUUAUGUACAAACGAAAUAUCAUUCAGUAGAUGUAACAGUCACUAUUGAUUUCUAGUUAUUGUUUCAAUAUAUGUAAUAUAUUAAAUUAUAUUAACAAUCAUAAGUGCGCUGAUAUGCAGAAAAAUCCGAAUAUUUCAUGUGUUAUUAAUGCACAACCUCUGUGUCCUGAAAUUGAUAUCGUCGUUAAAGUUUACCAGAAUAAGAUAUUUAUUGUUGCAACAAGCUACAAAAAAUUCGGAGCACUAGUGUUAGUACGCCAAGGAGAACGUUUGAAAGAAUUUGAUACAGCAACUUACAACGCAACUGCACUUUUUGGAGCAGGAUCAGACAAACAAGAAGAGAGUAUCCUAGCAGCUGCUAAAUACAUAGCCCAAUCCAUUGACAUUGAUCGAAAUCUUCUAUUAUCAAUUGCCCUGUCAACCUACGACAAAAAAGUUCUGGACUCAGUGAUAGCUGCAAUAAAAAAAUUCAAAACCUGGUGAUCCCCUUGAAAAAUGUCGCUGAUCUUCGGACAAUUGGUGAUUGGCCCUCCUGGAAGUGGAAAGACAACUUAUUGCAAUGCAAUGGGUAAUUUUCUUCGAAAAAUCGGGAGAAAAGUCGCCAUCAUUAACGUAGAUCCAGCGAAUGAGAAUAUGGAGUAUACAGCAGCUGUUGACAUAUCCGAACUCAUAAAACACAACGAAGUAAUGGACACAUACCAGCUGGGCCCUAAUGGAGCCCUGGUAUACUGCAUGGAAUUUCUCGAUAAAAAUGUUGACUGGUUGAUAAAAAAAGUUCUCACACUGAAGGAUCAUUACCUCAUCUUCGACUGCCCGGGGCAAAUAGAACUUUACACCCAUCACAAAUCAGUGGCUGCUAUUGCUGAGAGGCUGGGCCAAAAUUUAGUGAGACUUUGCAGUGUUCAACUCGUUGACUCUCAUCACUGCAGCGACCCUGGAAAAUAUCUGUCAUCUCUCGUGCUUUGUACUACUACAAUGCUACAACUUGGUUUACCUCAUGUUAAUAUUAUGACAAAGCUGGAUCAAAUGAAAAAAUUUCGUGAUCGUUUGGCAUUCAACAUAGAUUUUUAUACUGAAGUGUUGGACUUGAAUUUUUUACUCGAUAAACUUGAUGAGGAUCCCAUGACUGCCAAAUACAAGAAACUGAAUGCAGCAUUGGUAUCUCUGAUCGAGGACUACAGUCUCGUGAGUUUUUUGCCACUUGAUAUUUCCAAUCAGAGGCUUCUUCUCCAAGUAAAAAAUGCAGUUGACAAAGCGAAUGGCUACAUUUUUGGUGGCAACGAGCCACAGGACGUGCAAACUCUACUAGCUUGUGCUGUCGGUGCUGUUAACGAAAGUGAACGAAUGUCUACUCUAGAUGCGUACUUCCAGUAAUAAAAUAUUACACUCUUUCUGUA